GAUCCUUUCAAAAUCAUAACGUACGUUUUAAAUAAUAAAGAGUUCCGAUCAUACUUGUAUCUGGUAUUAACACGAAAUUAACCAAUAAAUACACUACACCUGAAAUACAUAGGUCGACACAUUGCACCCAUCCACUUCCUAAUAUGCCAAAUUCCACCCUACCCUUUUUGGAUUCCCUCAAACUUUACAUCAUCAUCAAACAAUGCGAACCAUGAUUACCACCACUGGUUUACACACAUAAACAACACAAAACCCAGUUGGUGAAAAUUGAAGAAGGCAAUGAAAUUCGGGAAGGAGUUCACGAACCACUUGGAGGAGACAAUCCCGGAGUGGAGGGACAAGUUCCUCUGCUACAAGCUUCUCAAGAAGCUCCUCAAACGCUUGCCCACCUCCACCGUCGAUGCUCUGCCUCACCCUUUUAAUCUCAAUCAACGGCUCUCCGACGCCGACGCCGGUGGUGGGACCGGUCCGAGCCGGCCGUUGGGGGAGCUGCAGGAUUGGUUCGUCAGGAUUCUCAACGACGAGCUUGAGAAGCUCAACGAUUUCUACGUUGAUAAAGAGGAGGACUUCAUUAUUCGCUUCCAGGAGCUGAAGGGAAGAAUCGAGGUGGUUAAAGAAAAGAGCAGCAAAGGUGGGGUUUUUACUUCAGAGAGUGAGUUCAGCGAGGAAGUGAUGGACAUUCGUAAGGACUUUGUCACCAUUCAUGGAGAGAUGGUGCUUCUCAAGAACUACAGCUCGCUAAAUUUUGCAGGGCUAGUCAAAAUUCUAAAGAAGUAUGAUAAACGAACUGGAGAAUUGUUGCGUCUACCUUUCACACAACUUGCUCUUCGUGCGCCUUUCUUUACAACACAACCUCUCACGAUGCUUGUCCGUGAAUGUGAGGCAAAUCUUGAGCUUCUCUUCCCAUUGGAAGCAGAAGUCAUUGAAUCUACCCCAAAUAUGCAAGACAAUUCCAAACCACAAUUGAACAGUUUGGCAACUGUUGCAUCUGACACACCUUCAAACCAGGAGGCAAAUGUGGAUAUUUACCGUGGAACAAUUGCUGCAAUGAGAGCCAUACAAGGUCUUCAAAAGGCAAGCUCGACUUGGAAUCCAUGGUCAAUUUCAAAUCACUUACGAAAUCAGGAUGAUGAGAGUACUGGAGCUAUCACAGCCGAGAACUCUGCUUCAAACUCUGUAGCUACCUUGCACAGUGAGGAGGAGGCCGAUGACGAGGAUAACCAGUCAGUUUAAUAGUUUUCAUCGUAUUGGUUGAUUUUGUACAUUCUUCGUUUCACUUCUUGCGAGUCGUAACACAUUGAAAUCUGUUUGGCAGGCUCUGGCAAUAAUUAGAAAGUUUUUCGUAGAAAGAUUUGUUUUUUUUAUUCGAAGGACAUACUGAUUUUAUUGUAAAUAAUCCUAAAUAUAAUAAAGAAAUUAAGUAA